AUGAGCACCUUUACACCCUAUACCUACUUCCAGUGUCCUUGUACAGACUCCUCUCCACCAGUGCGAAACAUAGGCUCCGACUCUCCAACCUCAAUCCAUUCAUCCUCCUCGGAAGACGAGAAAGCAUUCGAUCCCAGAGCGCCGCGCGCGAACUACAGUCUUUAUCCACUUGAACACCUCUUAUAUUGUGAAGAUUGUCACCAGAUCAGGUGUCCGAGAUGUGUGCUGGACGAGAUAGUCACUUACUACUGUCCGAAUUGUCUGUUUGAAGUGCCUAGUAGUACUGUGAAGAGUGAGGGGACUAGGUGUACAAGAAGUUGUUUUCAAUGCCCUAUAUGUAUAGCUCCGCUCUCUGUGAGUAGUUUGGAAGCACCGCCGGAGGGGUUAGGAGCGGAACAUGCCAGCCAGGGAGGCCCUUACGUGCUCAAUUGUCCGCAUUGUUCAUGGAGCUCGAAGGAAAUUGGCAUACAAUUCGACAAGCCAAACGGUAUCUUUACGCAGUUGUCGAAGAUCAAAAACGGAGGAGAUCCUGUCAUAACGGCGCGGGAACGUAGGAAAGACCGCGAGGAGCGAAGUAGGGAUAGCGCACCUGGCCCAGUUACAGACGAAGACGGCGUACAGGAUGAAACUGUCGUCAAGCUUGACCCAAAUGAGGUUUUAGAUGCUGAAAGCCAGUUUUCAAACUUGAAGGCUUUUUACCAGGCGCAACUUGCGGAAGCUUCGCCAGCAAACGCACUGGGAUUUUCCGGAGGAGAUUAUGGUUAUGGAUCACCAGGCGCAUUAUCGCGAAUAAUGGGUCUUUACACUGGAGGCACAUACGCAGAUAAGAAGUCCAAAGCUAAAAAGGGCACCAUGCGAGAGGCACAAAACGCAUUCGAGGGUCUAAAAAUUGUAGCACCGAACUCAGAAGAUGCCUUGAUCGCGAAACUUCAAAAUGAAGGAUGGGACGCUACAUCUUCCUCUCUACAACGAGACGAGCAAUCGACCCACACACCAUUCAUUUCGGAUCUGCGUCCUAUAGCCUACCUGUUACGGACCAAACGCUCAAAACGCUGCAAAACAUGCCGUCACAUCCUCUCCAAACCCGAAGCCAAAAUCCAAACCACUCGUUUCCGCAUCCGCCUCGUAGCACUAAACUACAUCCCCUCCAUCUCAAUAAAACCACUUCAGCCACUCCUCUCAACCCAGCUGCAGGCUCCCCUCGUACCCAUGAAACCAACACAAUUCCUCUUAACGUUUAAAAACCCGCUCUUCGAAUCCGUCAAGGUAAACAUCGCAACGCCCGCCCAGACACCUGGACGCUUCGCUUCUAAAAUCACAAUCCUAUGUCCGCAAUUCGAGGUAGGAGCGAAUACCGAUGCCUGGGAAGAAGCGUUACGUGACGGCUCGAAAGGAGUAGAGCGUGAAAAACGCCGCACCAAGGCAGAAGCUAGCGAAGGACAGCUCCAGGCCGAAGCCGGGAAAGUCUGGGAGCGAGGACGGAAUUGGGUGAGCGUCGUGGUGGAAGUGAUUCCGGCCUCGCUAAAGCCUAGUCCGGAUUUUCUAAAGACGGAAGCGCAAAGGAAGUUAGCGGAGGAGGGCGGGGAGGACGAUCGCGUGAGGGAGGAUGAGGAUGUUGUGGAGAUUCCGGUGUUUGUGAGGGUGGAGUGGGAGGCUGAUACUGGGGGUGAGGAUGGGGGGCUUGGGAAGGAGAAAGAGGGACGGGAAAAGAGGGAGUUGGCUUAUUGGUGUGUACUGGGCGUUGGUAGGAUUGGUUAG